AACUAGUUUGAAAUGAAGGAAAUAUAUACUGUACAUAAAUUAAGUUGACCGCUAUUAUAAAAACCCAAAAUUAUAAAUAGUCUCGUCUCUUGCACAUGUAAUGCAAGAAGUUCCAUUUGUCGUAUAAAUUAAUGCUAUGUCAUAUAUUAAGUAACUAGGCAACUACAGUUUCUAAUUAAUGCUAAUUUCAUUUUCAAAUACUCACAAAUCGUGUUAAUUUUUGAUUAGGUAUAGUCUUUGUGGUCCAUGCAUAAUGCAUCUUAUUAAGGCAGUGUGAUAAUUUCUUUGGGCUUUGAAAUUUUGCACAAAAGUGCUACAUACGUACGCAAAUUAACUCAAUAUAAACUACACUUGUUCAAGACAAAGGGAUGCAAAAAUGUCAUACCAUAUCAUAUACCUUUUUCUUGUUUGCUUUCUAGCUCAUAUUAGUUUCUAGAGAGAAUAUUAUUGAAUGAAAGAGACUAUUCCGACGUUAUUCUCCCUCGAUCUAGUUCUUUUUCUUCGAGAAAAAGAUUCAAUUCAAUACACGGGUGCACAUACAUACACGACGUGAGAGGGAAUUAGAGAUGGGAAGGAGUCCGUGUUGUGCAAAAGAAGGGAUGAAUAAAGGAUCUUGGACGGCGAUGGAGGACAACAUUUUGAGCGAGUAUAUUAAGAUACACGGCGAAGGAAGGUGGAGAAAUCUUCCUAAAAGGGCAGGUUUGAAGCGAUGUGGGAAGAGUUGUCGAUUGCGUUGGUUGAAUUAUCUAAGGCCGGGUAUUAAGAGAGGGAACAUCACCCCUGAUGAGGAAGAACUCAUUAUAAGACUCCAUAAACUUUUAGGAAAUAGGUGGUCAUUGAUCGCCGGAAGAUUACCAGGUCGAACAGACAAUGAAAUCAAGAAUUAUUGGAAUACCAGUUUGAGCAAGCGAUUGAACCAACACAAUACUAAUCAAGCCGCGAACCACAAUCUUAAAAAAACUCGAAAUGAUGUGAAGAACAAGAAGUUAUUACCAACCAUAGACGACGUACCUAAAAUAUCUACGCAGGCCAUUGAGUCCAAUGUAGUCCGAACCAAGGCAGUCCGGUGCACCAAAGUCUUCAUCAACCCGCAACCACAACAGAAGAUCAUACGUGCUAACAAAACUACUAAUGUCGCGGUUGUGCAACCAACAAGCUCAAUGGAUUACAACGUCGAAAAUUUAUGGAUUGAUCAUAAUAUUUCUUCACCAAGACUACUAGAUGAAGAGUACAAAAUGCCAUCGGAUUUAAUGAUGGAGGUGUCUAACAUGGGAGAAUUUAACCUGAUUUCGGAGCUUCUUAAGUCCGAUUUUUCAGACAUUUGUGAGCUAAGUAAUGAGUCUAGCAAAGGUGCUAGUGAUUUAUCACCUAGUUCCCCUGAAGAGCCUUUUGUGUUGUCUCAAGAAUUGCUUGAAGAUUGGCUUGGAAAUCAAUAACAAGUUGUGCAACUAGAUAGUUUAACUACUAUGAGUACAUGUUUUUGGACACUUUCCCAAAAUAGUAGUUUUAUUUUUACUUUUCAACAUUUUCAUUCUCUUUAAAUACGAUUCUGACUGUUUCUUGCACUUGAUCGAGUACGUACAAAGGUAAAUCAUGAACAUUGAGAAUAUAUAUGUGUGCCAUAUAUAACUAGAUUCAUAGAAUUUUAUAAAGUUUUGUUACAAUAUGCUUGAAUAA